AUGGCGCCAAUUAACGCGAACGGUGAACAAAAACACCGCUUUCUAAUAUGGGGUGGCGACGGGUGGGUCGCAGGACACCUCAAGACCUUACUUGAGGUACAAAACAAGGAGGUGUAUUCGACAACAAUUCGGAUGGAAAACCGCGAAGCAGUUAUCCAGGAGCUCGAAAGAAUCCAACCCACCCACGUUCUCAACGCUGCCGGCUGCACAGGGCGGCCUAACGUCGACUGGUGUGAAGACAACAGAGAGGCGACUAUCCGCUCGAACGUCGUCGGGACAUUGAACUUGGCAGACUGCUGCUUUUUGAAAGGCAUCCAUUGCACGGUGUUUGCGACGGGGUGCAUAUACCAGUACGAUGAGAAACAUCCUUGGGACGGGCCAGGUUUUCUCGAGACCGACCCGGCCAACUUCGCUGGCAGUUUCUACUCCAUGACAAAGGCGCAUGUUGAGGAGGUUAUCAAGCAUUACAGCAACUGCUUAAUCCUGCGUCUGCGCAUGCCCGUCUCGGACGACCUACACCCGCGGAAUUUUGUGACCAAGAUUUCCAAGUACGAGCAUGUCGUCAACAUACCAAACAGCAAUACCAUCCUCACGGAUUUGCUGCCAGCAUCAAUCCUGUUGGCCGAGCACGGUGACGUGGGUGUAUACAACUUCACCAACCCAGGUGCCAUUUCACACAACGAAGUCCUCACGCUAUUUCGGGAUAUUGUGCGCCCGUCCUUCACAUGGAAAAACUUCACUCUCGAAGAACAAGCAAAAGUCAUCAAGGCGGGGCGCAGCAACUGUAAACUGGAUACAACCAAGUUGGUGUCCAAACUGAAGGCAUAUAACUAUGAGGUUCCCAACAUCCACGAAGCCUAUCGGGGUUGUUUUGAACGGAUGAAAACAGCGGGAAUACAAUAA